GACAGGGCAUGCCUAUGCCUCGCUUAGAGCCUGUGCACAACCGAUGCACUACGAUUAUUCUGCGCGGAUUGAACAGGCAAAUCACUCGAGAGAUGGUGGUAGCGCUAGUGGAUGAUACUUCACCAGAAUGGCACACAGCCCAGUAUGACUAUAUCUACGUACCAUGGACGGCAGAUGGCUCAUGCAACAUUGGGUUAGCGUUUGUGAACUUUGUUUCCCCUUCCAGCUGCCAGGAGUACAUCAAGUCCCUGCUGCACUCAAGAAAUCGCGGCCGUCUCUCUAUUUACCAUGUGCGCUCAGUGGGCCCUGCAGCUGUACAGGGCCGAGGUGACAACCUGAGGGCGAUGAUCCUUAAGCGGGGUCACAAGGCGUUGGAGGGUGCUGACGCACCUCUGGUGUUUCAAGCCGGGCAGCGCAUGCUGCUCCAACAGGCCGUCUUUGAGGAGGUUCCGGCGGGUAUUUUAGCUGCAGCAUUCGCAGCUAGCCCAGAUGAACCACAGACCCAGGAGCCAUCCAUUCCGUGGCCUGGAGAGGUUUGGUCACAUGGCGCGCCCGCUACAUCGUCAAUGGGCCAGAUGAACCAGGCUUCGGCGGGCCAGCUGCCGUGGCAUUUUCCAGGAGUCGCGGAACCUUCCUCUAGUGUCCUCCAGGCCUUUCCUACCGGCAUGGGCUGUGCUUUACAGCAGCCUUGUGGGGCAGUCGGCUGUGCCGGCUGUGCACGCCACACUAGAAUGUGUAGAAGCGAACACCAGGCCCAAACGCAGCCGCCAAGGGUGCUGCAGCCUGUGAGCAAACUGACCUUUGACCUGUGAGUGAGAUACGACUCAGGGAAGGCUGCGCGUAGUCAGCCAACCCUCCUCUUUUUCUGAGUUUGCAGCCGUGCGCUGGAGGGAUUGUGCGAUGGGCAAUCUUCCAGCUGCUUUGGAUCCUCAAUCCUUCUAAAGAGGAAGGCUCAGAAGCAUAGCUGUAGAUUCCCUAGCCAAUGCAGCCGACAAGCCACAAGCUUGCUGUGGCAGCAGGCAGGCGUCGAAUGCAGCCACUCAGUCGGCUUUCAGGACGUCACGGUGGCACGCUCGUUGCAAUUGCCGGACUGCGACAUUUGCAUAGCCGGACUCCUGCUCAGGCAUAGCCAGUCUUACAGUCCUGCUGGUGCCACACUCUGGGCCAGUGAGGUCGGAACGUCUGGUUCCUUGGCACGCGUUGCCACUUCUGUUUGUCACUGCUGCUGGUCCGCGCGCACGCUGGAGGUGUGAACUUGAGAGCUCCCAUUCUGCC